CACCACUCUUGAACGCUUGAACGAAUCUCUACACCAUGGAGCAGGAAGGGACACUGGACGAAACGCUCCUGAGCAUACCGCAGGAGUCUCAGCAACCCGGCCCGGAGCCACUCGUUUCUGCGUCGGCUGGUCCUGUCAUUCCUACGCCGUCUGAGAGCGUCGUAAGCACACCUACCACUAGUCAAAACGAGAACAGUGCCUCUGCGGACCACAUACCCCCUUCACCCUCUAAUCAAUACGAAACCAGUGCCUCGACACCUGAGUCUCAGCAGAAUCAACUGAAACAGGAACAGCAUCACCAACAACAGCAACCGCAGACGCAAGCCAAAUCCAUGCCUGCGCAGCCAAUCAAGAGGAGACCACGCAGAACUGGUCAACCACUUCAUCUGCUUCUCCAAGAUUGUAGUAAACAGCACAUCUCAGGGUACCUAUGCAAAAAGACAGCUGAGGAGAUCACGGCUAUCGUCAGCGAUAAAAAGGCGCUUGCGGCAGAUCUUCGCAACUACUCUAACGAUUUUGUAUUGACUUCGGCCCGCGAUCGUGUCAUUGGUGAGGUGGAUGAACAGGGCAAAAAACUGCUGGAGGACGUUGAUCCAGAAAGAGAUGUAAUCAAGCAAAGGUUCGAGGAUGAAACUUCAGUUUUCAAGAGCUAUGAUGAUGCCGUGCAUGAUAUCCGCGUGGAUCUGUACCUAGAUGGAAUUAAGCCUAGAAAGCAGGCAUCAGAAGAAGACAGCGCUGAAACGGCCACCAAAAAUGCCGAGCUGCAUAAUGUUGUCAACAUCUGGGACACGUUCUAUAAACGCGCAGAGAUUGAACCCAAGCGGUCCGGAAGGCCUGGCUACAGCCCAUACCCUAGCAGGGGGGGAAGACCUACAGGUCCACCAGGAACACGUCCUCAUCCAUAUGUCGCAGGUCGCUUCCCACCACCCGCUUCAGGAUCACCGCAUCACGGCCCACCGCCCGCCAGCUCAACAAGUGCAAAUGGACCUCCAUUCAGAGACUCCCGGAGCCCCUCCCGCGGGUAUGGAGAGUGGCCAUCUUACCGCGAGGAUUACUAUGAUCAUUACGAUUAUUACCCUGAUUCACGCGAUGACUAUCGCCAUCCAGAUUAUUUCGAUCGUCGUGAUCCACGAGACAUGGCUAUGCGGCCACCUGGACCUGGAUCUUUGGCUCCACCCGAUCCGAGGGAUAUACGGGAUCCUCGGGAUUUCAGGGACCGUCCACCUCUGUCUAAAGCAAGAGGCGAAGCAUCGUUUGGUGCAGGAAGCAGUCGAUAUGAUGACAGGAGACGGGAUCGGCCUGACCUCAGCAACGCGCCGCCACCCCGUGAUAGCAGACAUCCAGGAUCUCACAGCGCCACUGCAUCGCCUUUGACUUCACACCCAUCUCUUCCCCCUAAACCUGCCUCACAGCCAAUGCAUCAGGCCGGGAACCCCGUUCACCCUCAACACUAUCCACUUGCCCCGCAUCAACAACUGUCGCACCUCGAUCCUCAUGCCGCUCAAGCUGGUUACAGCGCUUAUGGACAAGGAUACCCGAUGGCAGGACAAACGGAUUAUUCUGGAUAUGCAUAUGCUGGCUAUGGCCAAGAUCCAGCAGCCAUUGCAGCCCAACAGCAGUAUGCUUAUUCUGUAGCAGCUGGUGGUUGGGAUAUGAGUGCCAAUGCUGCUGCUGCUGCUGCAACAGCUCAUCAGGUCGGCGCUGGUCUUCAACUACAGCCAUUCGCUUCUAAUCAACCCGGCCGGCACAAGGCUGUUCCAUUGCCUACUGAUUUCAUGUCUGGCCCUAGCGAUGCUCCUCGUCUAUCCAUGCCCGAGCCGCACGAAGUACUCGGCAUGAUCCGCGGUGUCAUUAUCCGAGAUGCUCACGGUAACAUUGGUCUCACUCAAUAUCAAUUUACGAAGGCGACACAAUGAUAAACAGGGACAGCACAUCGGGAGACAUGGAGAGACAGGAGACGACUUUUGUCUAUCUUUUCAAAGCAUUUUCAUUUUCUUUUUUUUUUUCAUUUGCACAGUCAGUCU